AUGACAAGGGAGCCCAGGCCCAAAACGGCUUGGGGCGGGCUGUCUUGGUGCGUCGGGGAAGUGUGGGAAGGGAAGCGGGCACGGCGGGGCGGGAGGAUGCUAGCGAUUUGA